ACCUUUUCUUCUUUGCCCUCUUCUAUUUAAUUCAUCCCCAGUUCCCCACUAUAAAGUUGGGGUUUUUCAUCUCUGUCUCAUUCUGUUUUUGCUUUACCUUUUCCUCUCUCCUUUCUUCCUUCUUCUCAUCACCUUCUAGCUAGCUAGCUUGAUCAAGCGGGUAUCUAUGGCGAGCUUGGAGUUGACUAUGUCUGUUCCUGGCUUAUCUUCCUACCCAUCUCUUCCUUCCUCUGUGAGGGACUUGGACAUAAACCAAGUACCAUUGGCACAAAGACCAGAUCAAGAAGAAAUACUGGAGGACGAAGAAGAUAGCAGCAACGGGUCGGGCGGCCCGCCCCGGAAGAAGCUCCGUCUCACAAAGGAACAGUCCCGUCUUCUCGAAGAGAGCUUCAGACAACACCACACCUUAAACCCCAGGCAGAAAGAGGCUUUGGCUUUGCAGUUGAAGCUGAGGCCACGCCAAGUUGAGGUGUGGUUUCAAAAUCGUAGGGCCAGGAGCAAGCUGAAGCAAACAGAGAUGGAAUGCGAGUAUUUGAAGAGAUGGUUCGGAUCACUGACUGAACAGAAUAGGAGGCUGCAGAGGGAGGUCGAAGAGCUGAGGGCCAUGAAAGUUGGUCCCCCAACUGUGAUUUCCCCCCAUACGUGCGAGCCUCUUCCGGCAUCCACCCUCACUAUGUGCCCUCGUUGCGAGCGAAUCACCACCACGUCCACAACCACCGGCCCUACAAAGACAAAAAUCUCGGCCGCUGCCAACACCGCCUUGUCCUCUAAAGUGGCGACGCCCGCCCUUUAAUCCCGGGAGACUUGAUUUGUAAUGACCAGCUUGAUCAUCAUUGAAAGAAAAUUAAUCAUAGUCAAAAUUAGAGAGAGAGAAUGUAUGUUCAUAUUAAUUAGUUAAUUACUUCUUGUUAGUUUAUAAUACAACAUUACAACAUGUUUCAUUGGGACA